AGCAGAUAGCAAAGUGCCGAGGAUGUCAUGUCGUAAAAACCGCUACGAUUGGAUAUACAGACACAACCUUGUCACCAGCCAUCCCACAGCACAGAUCACAACCCAAAGACGAAACAAACCGCCCCACCAGGGAUCUCUUAUCCUCAAGCCAAACCCCGGAGUAAAACCAAAACCCUCGUAUCCAACAGGAUUAGGAUGCGCUCCAACCUCAACAACCUUGGCACCGAUUUUCUCCGACGACAUGCCGACGAUACCUGGCACUUCGUAUCCGGCCUACCACCCAUGGAAAUCACAGGUGCUUCGCGCGACAAUCAUUUCUCCAAAUGUAAA